AUGGAUGGUGAAAAGGAAGAAGAAGGGUUCGUUGCACCGAGAUGCCGUCUCUCAGAUCCUGCUCAUCCUCACAGCCUUUGCCGGCGAGACAAUCCUCGUCCUUCGUUAUGCUUUAGAUGCGGACCCGUCAACGAGGAUGAUGAGGACUAUAACUGGAAUAACUGGCAUUACUAUUGUGAAACCUGCAAGCUCGUGUUCCACGAAGACUGUAACAUGAUCCCACAAGGUAUGAGACAUCCUUAUCACCCUAACCACCCUCUCUACAUGACCCUUCGGUUUUCAGAAACCAGAAUCCAAUCAUUCAAACACGGUGCGCUUGAAAUGGCAAUCUUUCUAGAGGGCGAGGCCACGUUUGACACUACGCUUGUUUUUGAGACCAACAACGCUUGUCACUGGUGUGGGAAAGAGCUUGGUGUAAUGUUUUUUCGUUGUCUUGACUGUGAUUUUAGUCUUGAUUUUGAGUGCAUUAGGGAAGAUCCUCCUUACACUAUCACAAACGUAGAGAAACAUCAGCAUGUACUCACUUUGUUUCCUAGACCACUCGUGGAACCUUGUUGUGCUUGUGGCUUGAGCGGAAACAAAGAGUUAGGUUAUGCCUGUGAUCCAUGUAACUACGUAGUCCAUCAAAAAUGUCUCGAGCCACCACCACAAGUCGUAAACCAAGACGAUCUUGCUCCAUGUCUUCCACCACCUACAUGA